UUAAUACAAUCAAUCCUAAAGCCUAAAAUCUGUGUUUCUGCAGAUAUUUCAAGACCCUACAGCCAUGAUGCAACAGCUCCUGAACACCACCAGACAGCUGACGUUAGGUGCCUACAAACACGAGACCGAGUUUUCAGAGCUGGAGUUACGAACACGAGAAAAAGUGGAAGCGGCGAAGAAGAAGACAAGCCUGGAGAUCGCAGAGCUGAAGGAGCGACUGAAAGCCUCCAGAGAAAACAUCAACUUCCUGAAGGGAGAGAUACGCAGACUGGAGGAGGAGGACCAGAUGAAGGAUCACUGAGGACUUCAUCACCAUCAGACGGCUGUCCUGUAGCGGGACGGUGAACACGAAUACGGCACCACUGUGAUUUAGUGGGACUGAUCGAUUCAGGUUUCUGGUUGUAAUUUUGACAAUUUUGACAAUGUAGUAGUGUGCAACUAUCUGUGUUCAGUUUUAUCGUCCAGAUCAAAACUGCAAAAUGUGUAGAAAUAUAUGACUUCCUUUUGUAGUUCUCAAAAGUAGACUUAUUUUGUAUGAAUA